CGUUAAUGUCCUCGGACAAUUACUCCCUUUUCAAAUUGUUACCUUUUUUUCGUUCGUGUCUAGGCACAAAAAUCAAUUGCUAUGGUUGACAUUUCUCUUAACUGUCUUCACAUUCAAGAAGGUUAUGAAAAUUAUGAAUUUACUCUUAUUACCAACACAGAAAAUUCUGUCGAAAAAUUUAAAAAGGAUAUUAAAGAGAAAAGUACAGGGGCAGAGGAGGAUAUUUUCAACGAUAUUGAGGCCGAUCAGUUAACGCUUUGGCAGGUACGGGUUGACUAUAGUGAAGAAAAAGAAUUUUCGAGCUUUACCUCAGAUAGCAAGAAUUUAAAAAAGCUUGAAGGAAUUAUUGGUGAUUACUGGACGGAGCAACCUCCUAAAGAGUUUGUUCAUGUCAUUGUCUUCGUUCCAUAUUUAACCAUUUUACGAAUGCUGGAUAGUCUAACGAUAUUGAGUCAAGCUGUGGCUUUUGAAGAUUACACAAACAUAUCUCUACAACAGCUUUAUAACGAACAAUCUAUCAAACAAGGAAAUAUAUUGUUUUACAAUAGAACUUACAAAGAUGUAGAAUUUGCACACAAAUGCAAGAUUAAAGAUAUUUACAAUAUUAGGAAACUCUCGGUCAUUUUUACUUUUGCCGACAAUAAGGAAAUGUUAAUGUCAUUUGAUAGUUUAACUGAGCUCGAACUGUAUAUUCUCAAAUCGAAUGAUCGUUUUAAAAACAUCAAACGGGCUACUGGAAGUGCCUAUAAUUGGUUUUUCAUCAUAGAUAAGGAUGUGAAUAAAGGAAGCAUUACUGAAUUAAGAAAACAAUAUGUUAAAAACAAAAUAAAUCCGACAGACAUAGAAAAAGAAGAAAAAGAGGAAGCGGAAAACAAAAAAAAGAUAAAUAUGGAUCCGGUGAAGCUUGGUGACCGUGUUAUUUUCCCAGUCAGAGACUCUAUUCGAUUUAAAUUGCUUAAUAAGGCUAAAAAUGAGCUUCUGAAGAGAUAUGAUAAGAAAAUUCCAUUUUUUUGUGUAAUUGAAGCAUUAGUAGAUGAUAAGGAAGUUCUUGUUGCCUUCGUGGAUCAACCAGAAGGGACACCUGUCCACUUACCAGCUGAAUUUGAGAGUUUUCCUGUGUUGAUUUCAUAUGAAGCUCUUGAAUUAUUCCAUCGUUCAUAUCACAAAGACCUUAUACCUGGCAUAAGUAUCGGUAAACAAGAUGAAUCAUUAAAUGCAAUUACACUUGGUGCUUUAUUUCAAAAUACUGCAGUAUCCAAUAAAACAUUUAUAUUAACUGCAAAGCAUAGCGUGGGAAAGGAGGAUGAAAAAGUGGUUCAACCGGAAACACUCGAUGAGGUUAACGCAACUAAGGCCACAAGGUACAAUUUUAUUGGAGCUGAUUCGGCUUGUCAUUAUCUUGAUUAUGCUUUUUGUGAAGUUGUGAAGGACCGAGAAAUCCCAGAAUCACCAAACGUUCCAUUUGGACAACAUAUUCAAAUUCGUAGUAUCAAGACUUCUGUAAAUAAUAGUGAUGAAUUUGUAUAUGUUAAGAAGGUUGGAAGAACAACUUUCCUCAGAGAAGGGUUAAUACAAGAUAUGUGGGUGCCUUUUUAUCCUCCUAUUGUCAAAAGGAAGGGUAGAAAAGAACCUAAAGAAAGAAGUCAGAGAUUUGCAUUGCUAGUUUUUGGUAUUAAUAAACAAACAUUUUCUGAACGUGGGGACUCCGGUGCAGCAGUAUUUGAUGAUGAUGGUAAAUUAUGGGGGAUCGUUAUUGCGGGAAUGCGUAGAGUAUCUUAUGUAAUCCCGAUUCAUUUGAUUUUGGAUGAUGUUAAAGAAAGAUUUAAUGUGAUAUUCACUUUAAAAAAUGAACCGGAGGAAAAAGAGCCGGAGGAAAAAGAACUGAAUUGAUGUUCUCAAAAAGACAAAGCUUUUAUUUUAAUUUUAAUACUAUUCGUGUUUUGUACAAGUUGAUCAACGGAAAUAAAACAUUAUUCCAAAGA